CCAGACCCGCCUUUAAAACACCACCGGUCCCUAUCCAACUCCCCCGAUCUAGUGGACGCCCUGCACCUCACCUCAUUCCCUCACCCCAGAAUGCGCAUCGCCUUCACCCUCCGUUGACCCCCCGAGUAAUGCGCCUUUAGCGAUCCAUGCCGCCCAAAAAACCCGCCGGUGGGCGGAAAAAGGACGCCAUUCACUUCGUUAACGCCCGUCCCGCCUCUGAGAAUGAACGGCUUCGGAUCCAGCGCCUGGUGCGCGCUCACGUUGGCAAAUGGAUUUCCGAUCAGACCAAGGACCGUGGCGAACCGGGCGAGAAUGCCCCAGUCCCUUCCGCAGACCAACCCCGUCCCGCCGACCCGCCCACAAAAUCUGAGCUAGACGAUGCGCUGGUGACGGUUCCCUCACCCUCCUCCGCUCGCUCGUCCCCGUCGACCCAAUCGUCGGGUUCCUCGAACCCGCCCAGCUUCACUCUCGCCGUCCGAACAUCGCCCAAACCGACCAAAGACCCCGAACCUCAACAAACUCAAAAGCACUCGGUCCGCACCGACUCCCAGGACGCCGAUGAAGAGGAGAAACCAGCGUCGGACCCUUCCAGUCCCCCGCAGCAGUCGGUGGAAGUGAUCGGGGCCAGUGCCAUGGACCCGUUCGCCACGUAUCCGGUCACCUUGCAUUACCCACCCGAGUUUGUCUCCGCAUGCGAAUCUUACUCUGUGCAAAUUCUCUGGCCCGGCCUGACCCCCGGAAACGGCGUGUCGGCCGUACGAAGCUGGUUUCCGCUGUCGCUGUCGGAACCGACCCUGUUCACGACCUUCCUCUACGGGUCUCUGUCGCAUCAGCGCGUUCAGUGGAUCAACCGGUGGAUUCCCGAGGCCGCCUUCUCGCCACGCGACCAGCAGCUGCUCCAUUUCUGCGAGAUGGAGUCCAUCAAGCUGAUCCAGCAUGAUAUCAGCCAGCCGGACCGUGCCGUGCAGGAUGCCGUGAUCUUAAGUGUCAUGUGCAUGGCGCACAAUAACGCCGACAUCAACGAUGCCCGCCGCCAUCGUCGCACCCCGUUCACUCCGCCCAUGCAGCGGCUGCAGUGGCUGGAUAUCUACGGCAGUCUCCCGCCGAAUCUGAUCCACACCCGGGGGUUGGCCCAGCUGGUCCAGAUCCGUGGGGGAUUGAAGAAUAUCCGUCUCCCAGGCCUGGCGCCGAUUUUGUCCUUUUCGGAUAUCAUGACUUCCACUACCUUCCUGGUUCCUCCCGCCUGGGAAUUUAUCGCCCUGCGCGAAGAACAUCAGGACGUCUCGUUGCACGACCUCGUAGGAUACAACACCGACAUCGCAGAGCAGCAAUUCGGCAGCCUGCGCGCGAUUGGCGGCACGACGCAGAUGAUCGACAUCUUCUGCGCCAUGAAGACCUACAUGAACCACGUCGACGUGCACCUGCGUCAUCAGCUCUCCACCGAUGACACCUCGCUGCUCGCCGACCGCCGCAACCUCAUCCAGUACCACACGCUACACAUCCCCACCGCCACCCAGCUCGGCGGAUCAGCCUACGACCCCCCGUUCGUCCUCUACGAGACCUGCCGCAUGACGGCGCUGAUCUACUCCGCCGGCGUGGUCUUCCCCAUGCCCGCCCAGAGCAAUCCCAUGUGCCAGCUCGCCGCCUCAGUGCGCAACCUGCUCGUCGCCGCUCCCGGGCCCGAGAUCUGGUCCCACCCGCAGGCGCGCGUCAUCUUAAUGUGGGCCCUCACCCUGGGCGGCAUCGCCACCCAGGGCCGUCCCGAACGCCCCUGGUACGUGAGCAUGCUCCGCCAAACGACAGCCGACAACCACAUCGACACGUGGGAAGCCCUGCGCAAGAUAUUACUCCUGAUGCUGUGGCACGACCCGUCCUGCGAGGUCCCAGGGAGACGUCUGUGGGCGGAGGUGGAAGAGUCCCACACUGCCCCUACUCCAGCGUAAUCCCUCUCUAUUGAUCUCUCUGUCUUUCCUCUUUUUCUUCUUCUUCUUCUCCUUCUCCUUCCUCCAUCCCAGCCUCCCUCUUCAGCAC